GAGCAUAGUGACUAGCGAACGCAAGUGAUUCAACUGUGAACAAACUCUCGCAGCAACCGGACGCGUGCAGCGGACAAAAAUAAAACGGCAGAAGCGACGGAGAGAUCGAGAAUCGGCAAGCGGAACCACAAGCAACAUAGAAAAAAAAAGUAAAGGAAAACAAAACUGAAGCAAACCAAAAAGUAACAGAAAAUACAAAAUAAUUGCGUUGCAGUCGCGAGUCGAAAAUCGCAUCGAAUCGGUUUUUGAGUGGAUUUUUGUGUGUCUCUUUCGCUGUUAUUUUUUUUGCUGGUGUGGGUGUAGUGAGACGUCUGCCAGAACUGUCCGUUAGAGUGCCGAAAAGAUGGACCAGGAGUUGAACGGGGCCAUGCGGAGCGUGUCUAUAAAUAGCAACGGACUGGCGGCCACACCACAUCUGAACGGCCACAGCAAAGACGAGCCGGACAAUGUGCGGCGGGUGGCGGCGGAGGGCGCCUUGAGUGCAUCUGCAUCGGACGCCGCCAGCGCCGUAAGCAAAGCGACAAAUGCAUCGACAGCCGCUGCAGCGGCCAGAGCAAUCCCAGCGGCGGCAUCGUUCGCAUCCACAGCCACAGAAGCAGCGUCGUUGUCGGGUCUAGCCGGGGCCAGUGACGCGGAGAAAAAGAAAAUGGUGCACGAGUUAUGUCAGCAGCUUCUGCUCACAGACGAGCAGGUGCAGGAGCUGUGCUACCGCAUCCUGCACGAGAUUCGCCGCGGCCUGGCCAAGGACACGCACCCAAAGGCGAAUGUCAAGUGCUUCGUGACCUACGUGCAGGACCUGCCCAAUGGGGACGAGCGCGGCAAGUUCCUAGCCCUUGACCUCGGCGGCACCAACUUCCGGGUGCUGCUGAUCCACCUGCAGGAGAACAACGACUUCCAGAUGGAGUCACGCAUCUACGCGAUACCCCAGCACAUCAUGAUCGGCUCGGGCACCCAACUAUUCGAUCACAUCGCCGAGUGCCUCUCCAACUUCAUGGCCGAACACAAUGUGUACGCGGAGCGACUGCCUCUCGGCUUCACCUUCUCGUUCCCGCUGCGCCAGCUGGGCCUCACCUGCGGCCUGCUGGAGACAUGGACCAAGGGCUUCAACUGCGCCGGCGUUGUCAACGAGGAUGUGGUGCAGCUGCUAAAGGACGCGAUCGCACGUCGCGGCGACGUACAGAUCGACGUAUGUGCCAUCCUCAAUGACACCACUGGCACUCUGAUGAGCUGCGCCUGGAAGAAUCACCACUGCAGAAUCGGCCUUAUCGUCGGCACCGGCUCAAAUGCCUGCUACGUAGAGCGGGUUGAGGAGGCGGAACUCUUCGACGCCCAGGGCAACCGCAAGCCCCACGUGCUCAUCAACACCGAGUGGGGGGCGUUCGGCGACAAUGGCGCCCUCGACUUUGUGCGCACCGAGUUCGAUCAGGACAUCGACAGCCACAGCAUUAAUCCCGGCAAGCAGACCUUCGAGAAGAUGAUCUCCGGCAUGUACAUGGGCGAGCUGGUGCGCCUCGUACUUGUUAAAAUGACGCACGCCGGCAUUCUGUUCAAAGGCCAGGACUCCGAGGUACUCAACACGCGCGGCCUCUUCUUCACCAAGUACGUCAGCGAGAUCGAGGCGGACGAGCCGGGCACCUUCACCAACUGCCGCCUGGUGUUCGAGGAGCUGGGUCUGACCAAUGCCACCGAUGGCGACUGUGCCAACGUGCGCUACAUCUGCGAGUGCGUCUCGAAGCGAGCCGCCCAUCUCGUCUCUGCCGGCAUUGCCACGCUGAUCAACAAAAUGGACGAGCCCCAUGUGACGGUGGGCGUUGACGGCAGUGUGUACCGCUUCCAUCCCAAGUUCCAUAAUCUGAUGGUGGAGAAGAUCACGAAGCUGAUCAAACCCGGCAUCACGUUCGACCUCAUGCUCUCCGAGGAUGGUUCCGGCCGUGGGGCAGCGCUCGUCGCGGCCGUCGCCUGUCGCGAGGACAUCGUCAACAGCAAAAAGUAGGCGAGAUAUCGGAGAGAGAUAGAGAGAGAGAGAGAGGGAGAGUGCUCCGAAACUGCUGCAUCCCAGACAUGUCCGGGUCCCCCACAUACAUAACAACUACAACAACAGCAAGAGCCAUGAGCCAAGAGCCAAGAGCAAUUUCCGAUUUGCAAAUGAGAAAAUAGUUUCCUUCGUUGCCCGACACAGGGCGCCCUGGGGUUGGGCCCUGGCCCGUCACUGCCGCCACGUGUCGGCCCUGACGGCCCUGCACCCCUGACCCAAGGGCUGCGGUGCGCGCUUCUUUAGUAUUUUUAAUUAGGCAAAAAGAUGAAAAAGUACGUUUUUAAACAGAAACACACAGAAACAAAAAAAAAACAUAAACCAAAACAUACUUGAGAAUAUCUUAUAAUGAUAAUGAAUGCUUACGAUUAUGUUCGUUCUAGCUCCUUCGCUCCAAUUGGAUCGAUUUCCGAUUUUUUUUUUGUUGAUAAUUUGUUAUAUCUAUUUUACAAAAGAGAAUAUACACACACUCACAUAUAUAUAUUUACAUAUAUGUGAUUAGUACAAUUUGUUAAGAGAAAUUCUUUUCGGUUUCGAGGAAAAAAAAAAAACAUUUGGUAACCCCCCACCCACAAAUAGAGGGAAAGAGAGAGAUAGAGAGCGACACGUGUAAGAUGCUGAGAAGAGAACGAACCGUUAUACCACUGUGCUACAAGCAUAUCCUACGAAGCUAGCGGAAUGGGACGAGAGGAUGGCAGGAUAACAGAAUGAGAAACAAAACUGUAAAAUCGCACAUUGUUAAAGCAAAGAGAAAAACAAACAAGCAGAGUACGAACGAGAAGGAGAAAUCAGAGGGAAUUAAGGAAGCAGCAAAAACAAAUGCAAAUUCUGCGACAAAAACACAAAAAAAAAGAAAUAAAUAAAAAAAAAUACUAAAAAAGAGGAAAUCACCCCCGCCGGUGGUGUCCAUCCUCUAUAAUUGUAAAUGUUUAUAUAGAACCUA